AUGUCUACUAAAGCGAGCAGUCCAGCGAUGGUUCCCGUGGAUCAUCCGCUAUGCUAUACUUCCAAUCCGCGUUCAAGCGACUGGACUGGCCUGAGAACCAAGGAUGGGAAGCCCCAAAAAGCAGAUAGUGCUGCACUCUUGCAAAGAAUGCUGGAUCGUCAGGACAUAGUCAACCUUCUGAACGACUACGCCUACGUACUGGAUAAGGUGAUGGUAGAUCAUGCGGCAUCAGAAGAAUGGGCCAACACGAUGACGGAAGACGCAGUCGUCACUUUCCCUUUCGGUGUUUUCAAGGGUCGUGAGUCUAUGGCACAGAUGUGUUUGGAUGCUGAAACAAGAUUUGAGCGGAUGAUUCAUAUGUCUUCGAAUAUGACCAUUGUUUUCGAAUCCGAUACCGUCGCUCAUGCGCGCUCGGCCCUGUUCGCCGUCUGCGGCAUUGAUCCGAGCGACAUUGGAAACAAUUUCGCAGAAGGAGGAUACUAUUACUGGACGUUUCGCAAGGAAAAGACUGAAGGUGGAGACGAAGCUUGGAAGAUCUCGUAUCUGUUUCUGGAUGUCCUUUGGGAGCAGGGCAAUUCGAAGGGUCUAAAUGAGGAGCUAUAUCCUGUUGCAGCUGAGGAGAAGCAACAAAGUCGUGUCGAGGAGCGGGAGCUGCCAGUGACGCAGGACUUAGCGGUGUAG